UUCUAAAAAGCGACAUUAGAGCCACCCACCCCCAUUGUCAUAAAUGGUUUCUUCCAUUGUCAUGGAAACAAGACGCUAACAGGAAGCGCCUGUAAAUCGGCCGAGCUGUAGAUGAUUAUUGACAUUAUAAAAGCCGAAUCGCCUCGGAUCCGAUCAUAUCCCGCCUCUAUAGCGAAUGGAGCAGAAACCACUGGCGCCAUUCCUCCCUCCUCCCAUGGAGGGCGCUGUUGUGUGUAGUAACCGGACUCCAUCUUCUUUAUGCCGUUCAGAUCAUUGAAUCAUUGUCACUGGAAAUAAACUCUAUUCUAAAUAGAUCUGUUUUCAGGGUUGGCCAUAUAAUUACUAACAAUAAAGUUAAUUGAAGAAAAAAUACGCAGCGGAAAGCAGUGUACGGCGGUUGCUAUGGUAACGGCGCGGAGACGUCGACCUGGGACGUCACUUCCGCUUGCCGAGUAGAGUUGCUUGUUUUCCAGUAGACGGAGCUGAACAUCCAUACGAUGUCCAUAAACCUUGGGAAAAGUUGUAAACACUGGGACGGAACCUUCAACCCAGACGCUACCCACCAUGAACCUUCUGGUCCUCAGAACAAGAUCAUUACUGGGAGUGACGUUAAAAAGAAGAAAAGGAAAAGGGACAUUCUUGACAUCACAUACGUGAGCAGUAGCAACAUGGAAGAGACACCGAAGAGCAAGAAGCAGAAAUUCAAGGCCCAGGACACAAAUUCUGCCCCCCACAUCCCUAAGAUAAGAAAUACAGAUGUGAAGGACCAAGAAAACUCCGUGAAGAAAAAGAGAAAGAAGAAAUAUAACCAGGAGACUGUUGACAUCACAGCGGAUGACGCCUUCUCCUCCAUUGUCCUUUAUCAGGAAACUAAUGAAAAGAAGAACAUUAAGAAAUUUCAUAAAGCCAAAGCCACCAAGAGACUCCACAGAGAUGAACAUUUUAAUAAAGAAACUUCAUGUAGCCAUCUUACUGAUUUAAAAGGUAGGUCAGAGAAGAUGAAAGGUAAGAAAGAUCACGGGGAACGACUUUUAGACAAUAAUUUAGUGGAGGAAUCAUUGACUACUGACAACCAACAUGCAAACAAGAGGAAGAAAAAGCAGAAAGGUGGCGGAGAUCUCCAGAGAGAUGAUUUCAGUGAGAAAGUUCAAAUCCAAAGAAAGUCUCCAGAUUGCUCAGAGACCCCAAAACAAGUGGACACAAGUCUGGACCAGUCAGAAACAGCUAUCAAGAAGGAGAAAAAGAAGAGAAAAUGUAGAGCUCACAAGGAGACUGAUGACAUCACCACCGACGAUGUUUACUCCAGUGUUGUUCUUUUCCAGGAGAAAAAUGAAAAGAUAAAAAUUACCCAUAAAGCCAAAGACCCAAAGAGACUUAGCAGAGAUGAAGCGUUACUGGAAGAAUCCAUAUAUAGGGAACUUACUGAUGUAAAUGAUAGACUAAGCCUGAAGAAGAAGAAGAAACACAAAAAAGAUGGUCUCUUAGAAAAUAGUUUAGUGGAGGGAUCGUUCACUACUGAUGCUCUACAUAUAGACAAUAAGAAGACAAAGUGGAAGGACGAUGCGGAGAAAAGCCCGAGGCGACAUGGUUUCACUGAGAAACUUGUCACCAAAAGGAAGCAUCAAGGUGGUUCGGAGAUCACAAAACAAGUGGAUGAAGAAGUGGACCAGGAUUUGUUGAUUUAUCACAGCCGACAUGUAAAGAAGACCAAAAAGUGGAAGGGUGGUGGAGGCCUCCAGGAUGAUGUGUUUACUGAGGAACUUUUCUCCUACAGAAAGUCUCCAGAUGGUUCUGAUGCUCCAGAGCAAGUGGAUGAAUGUUUGGACCAGGUAGAAAAACCCAUAAAAAAGAAGAAAAAGAAAAAAAGAAAGGAUGAAUCUCACCAGGAGGUCGAGGACAACGCAGUAGAGGAUGUGUCCUCCUCCAUUGGCCUCCGUGAACAUAACCCUUCAUUUAGUGAACUUAAUGAUACAGAAGAUAGGCCGAGUCACACAGUAAAAAAGAAAUCUAAGAAAGUUCACUUAGAACAUCCUUUAGAAGAUAAUUUAGUGAAGGAAUUGUUAAAGCAAGACGCCCAAUGUACAAGCAAAAAGAAGAAGAGAGAGCUGAAGGGCAGUAGAGAUGAAAGCCAUAGACAACAUGGUUUUACUGAGACCACAGAACAAGUAGUAGAGAUUGUAGAUCAGACUGAAGUGCAAGUGAAGAAGAAGGUGAAAAACAAGAAACACUUGGACAGGAGUGAAGAGACAUCUGAUAUCUCAGCAGAAGAGACUCAGCCAGAGGGGGGUCAGUCAUUGCAGAGCCGGGUGGUGGAAAGUGAUGGAAAUGUGAUAGACAGAGAACAAACCCCAACCAGUGGACAGAGCCGACCUCAGACUUGUGCGUCUACAGACACUGACCAGAACCCGGCGACACAAGACAAGUGUGAGGAGGCUCAGAGUGAAGGUGACAAUGGGUCGGCGACUUCAAGCAAAAACACAGAAAAGGUUGUUGUAAAAAGACAAUACAAUUUGCCUUUCAUUCAAGAACAAGACUUAAAGCUCCUUGAAGAAUAUUUUCCCCAGCUGAAGAGUCUAAGUGCUAAAACGGUGAGAGAAUUAGUUCAUCGGGAGCUGGAGAGAAUCAAAAUUGCAAAAAAAAAAGGAAUUGUUUUUCAUUCGGGCACAUUUACCAUUGAAGAAGAUGAACAGAUCAAGAAGAACGUACAGAAGUUUAUGUCAGAGUUUGGAAUUGAAUCGGCAGAGAUGCUUUUCCACCCCUACAAGUUUCCUGAGCAGAAAAAUACAAUCAGGAAAAUUAAAAAAACAUUUCAAUUUACUCAUAGAAUCGCUGAAGGAUUGCAUCGCACCAUAAGACAGGUUUCUGAUCGAGGUGAGGUAUUAUAUGAGAAUUCUCCAGUAAAAGGACGGUACUCAGAGGAUGAGGACAGACAGCUGAAGAUGUACCUGGAGUUACAUGGGAAAAAUUGGAGGACUAUUGGGUCUUUACUGAAUCGGAAUUGGCGUUCUUGUAAUGCAAGGUCUCUCCAGCUCCGACACGUAAAUCGUGGAGCUUGGAGCAAAGAAGAAACAAAUCGUCUGAUCGCAGCUGUGAAAGAAUUUGUUCUGGAUUCUCUUCGAAGGGAGAAAAGUAACGAUGAAGAGUUAGUGACUGUACCCAAAAAAAAUCUGUACACCGGUAUAAAAUGGGUCCGGAUAGAGGAAAAGGUGGAGACACGAAACUAUAUGUUUUGUCGGUUUAAUUGGUAUGAUAUCGUCAUGCUGCGGAUGAACAAUGGGAUUCAUCCUUUAAAAGGAACCCUGGGAAUACAAAACAAUAUAAAAAUGAUCAAAUGGAUGUAUGAAUCCAAUGUGAGGGACUCCCGGGACCUAAAAUGGGAUAAGCUGUGUGACGACAUUGGAAAUAUCCCCACGUACAUUGUCCAAAGGAAAUAUAGGAAGUUAAAAUUGAUAAUCAAAGGAUGGGAGAAAAUGCGUUUAUACGAAAUUGUGGAUUGCUUGUACAAUGAGAAGCUGCCAAAGCUGGAAGCCAAGUUGUCUGCUGCAGAAGAAAUCCCCAUAGAGCCCAAGAAGAAAAACAAGUUCUUAAUCAGCGAAAUAUUUCAGGAAUGGUCUGAAUUAGAUGAAACCUGGAGAAAAGCAGGAUCCACUGCUAAAGUCAGACAUAAGGGAGGCGAAGGUCACCCUGGAGAUGCCACAUGGCCAGUUCCUUCUGGUCCACAGUGCACUGAUGUCUAGCUGGUAUUGUUGCCUUUGCCCGGCCUGCCACAUUGUAUUCAUUCAAGCCCUCAGUUUUGUUUCCGCACACGUGUAGCACUUAUCAGUGCUAUCUAUUUUCUUUAUUGCACUUCUAUCCAUAGCGACGCACCCUGAUGCUCUACAAUGUGAUGGACUCCCAUGUUUUUUCAUAAUCCUUAUUACAUAUCACCAGUUGUAUUAUGUUCUCCUUCAGUUUUCUGGGUGUUCUUUUAUGCCAUUGCAUAUGUGAAGGGCCUUGUUCUAUUAAUCUUCUGCUUUAUUCUGUACACUUCAAGUGCAUUUUCUAUGUUUGUUUAUACCUUCUAUUUAAUAAAAAGAGUUUUGUUAAAAACAAAGAAUGUCCACAAUGUGGUUAAACG